GAACGCAACGGCUUGAACCCACAACGCAAAACCAUCGCCCUGGGAUCCUCCUCACUUCUACGCCAUCUUUUAUGUAGCCAUAGAUUGCCAAUCAUUCUCUCUACCGCCACCAUGUCCAGCGCCGCUGUGAUCCCGGAUAUGCGCGCCCGCGGGUGGAACGUUCACAUCCUUUCUAGCACCACCGGCUUCAACUUUGCGGGGCUCUACCUCCAUGACGGCAACGACUCCAUCAAGUGGCAGCACGUUCUCGACGAACUGGCCCUCUGCUUUGAACUGUCUCACAGCUGGCCGUUUGCAUUUGCUUUCGGAGGCUACCUCAACAUCGAUGCGAACACUCCCGCCAUAAACCUCAUCUGCGAUGCGGACUUCGAUCAGCUCGUGCCGUCGCUGCCACCGUCUCAGUCACCAGAAGCGCGAGCCAUUGUACGGUAUCACCUUGUGCACCACAAACCUUGUGCCAUCAACAAGUCCUCCCCGCUGGAAGAUCAUCUUAAAGCUGGCUGCGCGAAACCAAUAGCAAGACCCCCUCGUCGAAGGGACCCGCGAUACCUCCCCCCGACAAAGCCCUCGACAGAUGCACGCAUAACACGCUUCCCCCUCCGCCGAGCCGCCAAAGCCCAGAAACCAUCCCAAUCGCCAAAGCGCAAAUCCGGCUCUGUGUCUCCCGUCAGAGACAUCCCAGGGGACCCCGACAACGCCAUGACCGCGCCGCCCGACAUGUCCAUCACGCCCGAGCAGGCCCGCAAAACCAUGGAUAUAUUCCGCGCCAGUUGUCACACCGCCGCCGUACAAUGCGCCGUGUCCGCGCGAGGCCGCUCCUGGUGCCCAGCGCCCAGCUUCGGGCCCGCACUGCAGGCGUGCCACAUCGUCCCGCAGCAGCACUACCACGUGUACCCGGACCCGGACGGGCUGAGCGACCUCGCCGAUACCGAUGUCUUCUACAGCUCGAGCCGCCUAGAGGAGGCCUGGAAGAACACGUGGUCGGCCGACAAUGGGAUUCUGCUGCUCUGUCACCUGCACGACUCGUUCGACCAGCGCCUGUUUUCUAUCCAUCCCGACACGAUGCGCGUUCGUGCGUUCGUGCCGUACGACGUUGUGCUCGACUAUCAUGGGAAAAAGGCGCAGGUACCGGUCAAUGUCGACCGCGGUGCGCUGCGCCAUCACUAUGAGAUGUGCUGUAUUGAGAACAUGGCGGCAAAGGCACCACUGAUCGAGCCGUCGUUUAUAGCGUCCGGCACCGUGUCGCCAUUUGCCGCCGGAGCUGAGAUGCCGUCUCUCCCGUCGCCAAGGCCACGCGACACAUCUGGUGGCACAGCUUCGUCCACGUCCCCUGCUGCGCCUGGUGACCCUGCUAAGAGACAGAGGUCCGGGCAGGAUGACGACUUGGAGCUUGACACGCCGUCGCUGGUUGAUGGCAUGUCGCCAGAAGAAUCUCCGCGGGUUAGCAAGCGAAUGAGGAUACCCCUUGAUGUAGUGAACGGCUGGGAGGAGCCUGCAUCAAACACUAAUUAUCUCAGAGACGAGAAUCAUGUUCAAUUCCUGGCAGAUGUUAAUUGGAGCUUGAAGAAGGCAUUGAUGGUGCCACGGGAUCACGAUGACGUCGAAAAUUUACCAGUUUAGUUGCGGUUGUCGGCUACUAAACUAUGAUAAUUCUCUCCCGUC